AUGUCUCCCUUCCCGCGCGACGAUGACAGCGCAGGCGGCGGCGGCGGCGGCGGCGGCAGUGGUGGCGCCCUCUGGUUCCUCUUCUUCCUACUCCUCGGCGUGGCAGGCGGCGCCUACUACUGGUUCAAGGUACGGCGGCGCGACACGUCGUUCCAACUGCACAACCUGGGCUCGUCGACGAACGCGCUCCGUCUCUCAAACGACGGCCCACCCGCAGACGAGUUCAUAGCCAACAACGCAAGUACGGACUCGCUGCCCGCGCUGGCGCAGCAAGACGUUCCCUUCCUUCCUGCCGCGGCAGCCGAGGCCGAAGCCGCCGCCCAUGGUCUCUCACACGCGCCACCCACCCCACUGUACCGGGACGAGGCGGAGGAGGGACCCGAAGGGAUGGACCCGCUUGGCGCGCAAGCGCUGCGAAGCUCGCCCUCCCGCAGCUCGCAGUCGCCCAGCCCGCGCCCCGCAUCCCGACCCUCCCAUUCUCGCUCUCACUCUCACUCCCGCCGCUCCAGCAGGAACUGGAGCAGGCCAACCUCGCCUCCCUCUGCCGGCGCGAGCGCCAGCGCCAAUCCCAAGACAGUGUUCAGCCUCGAGGAUGACAGCGAAUAGAGCCAUUCUAGUCAAUCGAAAGCAUAUGUAUGAAUAGCGUGCCACGCGUC